UCCAAAAAAAAAAAACAUAUAUAUACAUACAAAAAUACACAAUCGUUCAUCAUCUGGACGGUUAAUUUAUCUGCUAAAGUAUCUGUCUGUAGCCAGAUCCCAGCAUCAUAAUUCCUAACUCAUUAUAUAUUGAAUCUCAAAACGACCCAAACACACAAAAAUCAACAACAAUGGAGUCACUCUUCCUAACGCUUCCAACAAAUGUAAUGCUUGCUAUAUAUCCACUUCUUUUUUUUUGUUUGCUUUGUGCUAUGGAUGACAAGAGUUGGUCACCUUAACACAGCUAGUAAGAAAAGAGUAGCACCCCAAGCUACUGGUGCAUUGCCUUUGAUCGGUCACCUCCAUCUCCUAGGAGGCUCUCAAUUGCGACACAAAACGUUGGGUUCUAUGGCUGACAAGUGCUGUCCAAUCUUCACCAUAAAGCUCGUUGUAAACCGAGCAUUGCUAGUGAGUGAUUGGGAGAUGGCUAAAGAAUGUUUCACCACCAACGACAAGGUCUUCGCCAGCCGUUCAAGGGCUCUAGCAGUGGAGCUCUUGGCCUACAACUAUGCCAUGUUUGCUUUGAGUCCUUAUGGCCAUUACUGGAGCCAAGUUCAGAAGAUAGUCAUGAUUGAGCUUCUCUCCAAGCCCCGGCUCGAUAUGCUUAGAAAUGUCCGAGUAUCGGAGAUAAGGACAUCCAUAAGAGAGGUAUGUAACUUAUGGGUUCAGAAAAGAAGUGCUUCAAAUGUGGUGAAGUUGGAGAUGAAGCGAUGGUUCGCGGACUUAGCCCUAAAUGUGAUGGUUAGGAUGCUUGUAGGGAAGCGAUAUUCGACAACGAAGAGGGGGCACGAGUUGAGAAGGCCAUCACAGAGUUCCAUAAAUUGUUGGGGGCGUUUUUGGUUUCCGAUGCCAUCCCUUUUCUGAGGUGUUUGGAUUUGGGUGCAAAAGAAAUGGACAAUAUAGUUGAAGGUUGGCCUAGAGGAGCAUAAAAGGAGGAGAGAUUCUGGAAUACUGAAGAGCGAUCAACAAGACUUCAUGGAUGUGUUGCUGUCCCUUCUUGACCAUGCCGAGGCUGAAAAAUUUCCCGACUUUGAUGCUGAUACAAUCAAUAAAGCUACAUGUCUGGCACUUAUCCCAAAAAUAAGCCAACUCAGCCAAAUAAGAGCAAAAAGGGAGUAACUCUGGGAUUAAACAAAUAAAGGAGCAAAGUGGAGAAAGAAGGAAGCAAAUGAAGCCAAAGGUGAGAAGCAGCAAAGUUCAAUCGAUCCAAGUUCAAGGUUCGAUCGAUCGAACAAUGAUUGAUCUCAACACUUCAAGAUAGAUCCAAGCCUUGGCCCAAAAGCAUAAAGUCCAAAAGUUCGAUCGAUCCAACACCACCCUUCGAUCGAUCGAACACUUUUGUCCUUAUUCAAAUAAUUGAUCCUAUCCACAGCUGUACCACCCACUAACCACUUUUGUCCUUUUCCCAAAAAUAUCUCCCAAAAUAUCUUGGAUUUAUCUUUUCCCAAAAAGCUCAACUAGUUGGAUCAAUCUAGCCUAAGUUCGAUGGAUCUCACCAGUUCGAUCAAUCGAACUUUCUCCAGUGCGAAAAAGUUAAAUUUCCAUCUCAUUGAAAGUUGUCCUUUAUCCAAUCAUUAGGGAAUAUUGUGUGCACGACCCCAGCUCAUUUUGGGUGUCUUUUGACCUACCUAUAUAAGGAUAAGGAUUGUUUUUUACAAGAGAGAGCCAAUAUCAUUUUCAUAUCAUCAAUUAGAGAGGAAUUAUAGAGGAAGAGGCUAGAGACACCAUUGGAGGUUCUUUAUCAACAAGGAGCAGAUUUCAACCAUAGAGUUAGCCCUUGAGGGUUGGAGCAACAUCACCAUAAGUGGCUAAACAUCCUUUUGGGGCUAGAGUUAGCCCCAAACAUGCUUUUUAUAUCUUAAUCUUGUGUAUUA